CUGAGCCGGCAGGCGGGGCGGGCGUACAUUCAGCAUGUAAACAACUCAUCCAUGAAGCAACAACUGUUCCCGUUCUUGCCUGCUUGCUCACUUGUGUGACUCACAAGCUAACACGGCGAUUCACUUUGGCCACCUCCACGGAGAAAAAUCGCAAGAAAAGUUCUCCGUUUUCUGCGCUUCCCUUGGACUUUAAACGUUCACAUACUGCUGGGCAUUCCUCAGAGCACGUCAUUAAAACUUGUCCCUCUUGGGUUCCGGGGCCUUUCCACAGCUGCAUUUCAACAGAAGGCAGUGUACGGCCCUUCACAAGUUGCCACAUCAUUGCCCAGCCCACACAGAGGGACAACCAUAUCCAACAUGGGCCUCGGGGUUCAUCUUCUGCUCUAUCUGGCCAUGGUUUCUGCCUUUCCAAUGUUGCCUCCACACCUGUGGACAAAAAUCAUCCUCACCCACCAUUGGCCGAGCACUUUUUGUGGCAUGGAGCACUGCCAUAAUAAUAUUAGUUUCUGGACACUACAUGGGCUCUGGCCUGAUAAAGGGAUUCUUUGCAAUUCAUCAUGGCAUUUCAAUUCUUCUGAAAUAGAGGACUUGCUCCCAGACAUGGAGAAGAGUUGGCCUGACUUACUAAAGCCUACAUCAUUUGCAUUUUGGAAGUAUGAGUGGUCCAAACAUGGCACAUGUGCUGCUAAAGCACCCUCUCUUGAUAGUCAACAUAAAUACUUCAGCAAGGCAUUGGAACUGUACCAUAAAUUGGACUUGACUAGCAUCCUUCAGAAAUUUGAUAUUAUUCCAUCUGAAAACUACUACAAAUUUUCCCAAAUUGAAGGUGUCAUAGAGAACUUCUAUGGUGUUACCCCGAAGAUCCAGUGUGUGCACCCUUCAAAGAAUUCCGAUGCUCAGACUUUGGGUCAGAUCGAGAUUUGUUUCGACUUUGACUUCUCGCUCGUGAAUUGUGAAAAACAGCUCCCACUUGAAGACCAGAGUUUUCCCGAAUCAUCUAUUUUCAGUGUCUGUGAACAUGACAUCCCAGUUUACUACCCACCUCUUCGAAACACACAAACAAAAAAACACUAGUGUUUACAAUUGCGCACUACACUCUUCGGAAUCAAUACCUCUUUGUGUACCGAUCAACAGUACUGUAAAUUUUGUGUUGCUAAUAAUUUCACAAUGUGUACUUAAUAAGUCUACUGGUGUUGUUUUAGUGCUGUGUAAUUGGAUAUGAUGAGCUUUGGAAUGUAUUGCCUUUGCUAAAAGACAUUAAAAUAUUUUACACUAA